AGGCGAAUCUCACCGACGCCAACCUGACCCGGCACAACAGCGGCCUCUCCAGAGACGGCGAUGGCUUCGCGCUGGAGCACAGGACCAAGCGUGGCAUGAUCACUGCGGCGCACAGUUCGCCGAUGCGGCCUCCGAUGGUGUCUGAGAUGAAGCGCAUCAACGCUCUGAAUCUGGAGCCUGCGUUGCCGAAGCUGGAUGACAAGACCAGGACCGACUGGAUAAACUUCAAGCAGCAGCAGUCUCGACCCCCACAACCAGGUGAUACACUUGGAGGAACUCGAGGCACCACAGCGACCAGCCUGAAGGACGAGUUUAAGCAGUCGCUCGAGGUCAUACAGUCGAAGCUGAGAAACGACCAGGCGUCUUCGAGUACCACGCCGUCUGCCGCCGCAAAGCCAUCGGGUGCCAGCCAGCCGUCCUCGGCCGCAGCGGCAGGUGCCGAGGUGGUGCCUGUGGGCGACGAGACCCCUUCCAGGUCCAAGUUUGCGUUCAACCCGGAGGCCAAGGCCUUCUCCUUCAACCCGGGCGCGUCCGUCUUCACGCCUUCCGGCGGCGGGGCAGGAGCCCAGGCUCCCAGCCCCAUGGCCGGCCAGGCGAGCGCGCAGCGCGCACCGGCGGCGCCCGUGGCGGCAGACCAGCCGCGUUUCCCCCCGUCCCGGCAGGCUGGCCGGGCGUGCAAAGCGCUGUCGGAGGUCCUCGACGGUGUCUUCGAUCGCGCCAGGGGCGAGAAGACAGAUGCCGCGAGGCCCGUGUGGCCGGAGGCGGAGCGCGGGAUCCCUUUCCAGGAGGUACUGGGCAAGCCGAAUCCUCAAGCUCCUCUCGGGCCGCUGCAAGGUGGCGGUGCCGCCGCGCCGUGCCAAGGCGGCUGCAUGGUGCAGGUCCCGGUCAGCAGCCCGAUGGGCGCCUCCCCGAAGUUCGGGACGCAGAUGGUGCCUGUCAUGAUGCAGGGUGGCGGCGGGAUGCAUCAGCAGGGCUCGGGGCAGCCGGGCGGCGCGUGCUUCGCCCAGGGGCAGCCCGGGGCGCAGCCGCAGCAGCCGCCGCAGCAGCCCCAGCAGGGCAUGAUGGUGCCCGCUGGGAUGGUCCCUGUCAAUAGCGCGAUGGGGGCUUCCCCGAAGUUCGGGACGCAGAUGGGACCCGUCAUGGUGCAGGGCCCGCAGGGCCAGAUGAUGAUGAUGGUGCAGCCAGGCCAGAUGAUGAUGCAGCAGGGUUUCCAAGCUCCACGGCCGAUGGGAGGCGGAAGUGGCGGUCCACCCAACCAGAUGCAGGGCGAGCACAGCUGAGAGCUGGUCACAGCGCAGCCCGUGAGAGCGCGGCCCGUGAGAGCGCGGCGAGGGCCCGCCCAGUAGGCCGUGCCGCGGCGUGCCGCGGGCCGCACGGCGGCGGGGCUGAGGGAUGGCGCUUUCGAGCGCGCACGAGGGGCGUCCUGGCAGCUGCGCCGACCCUCGAACGUGCCUCCUUCGCC